AGUGGAUUUUCAACGAGCUCGAGAGAAAAGCGGAGACAGGCAGACAUCGUUUCUCUCUCAGCGUCUUUGGACUGCUCACACGGAGGCGAAGAGACGAGAAAUAAUUAUUCUUUAGAUCGGGAAUAUAAUUAGCUAAAUUAAUACACAAAAUUAACCAUGGCCGACACAGCUGUUGACACAACCGCCACUGCAGAGGUUACAGCCAAGGAGCUGAAAGAGAAGAAAGAGGCAGAAGUGGAGGAAAAGACCGAUAACGGGGACGCACCUGCCAAUGGCACAAACGGUGCUGAACACAGUGACAAAGUGGAAGAAACCACAGAGGAGGAGCACAAGAAUGGGGAAGGGAAUGCAGAGGAGGCGCCCCCUGCUGAGGAGACUGAUGCACAGCCUGUGAAGCGUGCAGCUGAGGAGGAGGAGGAAAAGGUGGAGACAAAAAAGCAGAAGACAGAGGAAAAUGGGGAUUCGAAAGAGGCAGAAGUGGAGGCUUAGGUCUCUGCCCUGCUACUUGUUUGCAGCACUGUCUUACCAGCCUGGUCAACAUCGUGUUGUAGAGCUUGUGCUUUUUUUGUAUCUUUGGAGAGAAAUUUCUUUUUGUUUGCUCCCAUGUUAUCACAUUGCACUGGAGUCUUGAAACAUAGUGGCCCUGCAUCCUUUAUUUUUUUAUUUUUUUUUAUUUUUUUUUUUAAAUGAAAUGUUAUUUAUUGGUCUUUAAAAUGAGCUUUUUUUUUUUUUCUACUUGUACAAAUCGGGCCAUGCCACGAGAUCAGUUUUUGUUUUUGUUUUUAAAUUUCCUGAGGUUUGAUAUCAGUAUGUUAGAAGCACAAUCUCUAUUAUGUCAGUGCUGACCAGAUGAUUCAUACAUACAGGCAGCUGCUCACCUCCAAGGCUCAUGUUGACCUCUCAGAUACACUUAAAGGACCAAAGAUAAGUUUUAAGCAGGGGAUAAUGGACAGUUGUUAGCAUUAUUAGUUAAAAGGCAUAAUAUUUUGUGUUUGAGCUGCUACUUAAUCUUUGGCUGCCCUGUUAACAUAGCAGAUGGUGCAAAUGAAUUAAAGGGGCUCUGUCUUGCACCUCCAUGAUUAGAUAGUUUGACCCCCUGAUUCCCCCCAAACUCCCCAGUUCUGUGGAGGCAGGAUUUUGCAAUGUUAAUUAACCCCUCUUAAAUCUUAAAGCUUUGGUCAUUUGUUCUGUAUGCAUUCCACGCAAGUUUGUACCAUUUAUACUUUGUUUCUCUUACAUUUUCAAUGAGUGUUAUGUUAUGGUUGGGUAGCUCAGUUUUGUGUACAAGACUGCCUUUUUCAGAACCAGAAUGACAUUCGGUUACUUCAGCCACUGCUUUGUAUAUUCUGAUUAACAAAUAAAUUGUCUUUUUACUUAA